AUGGCCCAUUUGCGUACAGCACACCCUGUGAAUGUUAGGAAGAGCCGAAGAGGAAUACAUUUGGUUUUGUGCAUUCAUUUCUGUCUCCGUCCACCCAACUCAGUGUCCGCUCCGUCACCGUCCGUCCCCGCCCUGCCCGCCGUCUCUCGUCACAAUUUGGGGAAAAUGCUCGGUCGUCUGGCAGCCACGCGCCUCCUGGAGAUCCGUCAAGCUUUCCGGCGAGCUGCUCAGACUUCCCGUUCCUUCUCAACUGCUCUGAAUUAUGUGAGUCCUUUGGCAUCUGGGAAUUUCUUGAUUAUUUUUCUGUUUGGUUUCCAUUUCCGUGAUUUUUCUUCUGUAAGAAAAUGGUUCAUCUUUGUGCAGCACAUCGAUUCGCCGGAUAACAAUCCGGACAUGCCAUGGGAGUUCAAUUCCCAAAACCAGGAGAAGGUUAAAGAGAUAAUAUCUCAUUACCCAUCCAACUACAAGCAAUCUGCAGUAAUUCCCCUGCUAGAUCUGGCACAACAGCAGCAUGGAGGAUGGCUCCCAGUUUCAGCUAUGAAUGCGGUGGCUAAGGUUAUUGAAGUUGCUCCAAUCCGUGUCUAUGAAGUGGCUACAUUUUAUUCCAUGUUCAACCGAACACCAGUUGGCAAGUACCACCUUUUAGUUUGUGGAACAACACCAUGCAUGAUCCGUGGGUCUCGAGAAAUUGAAGAUGCACUGCUGAAACACUUGGGAGUGAAGCGCAAUGAAGUAACAAAGGACGGUCUUUUCUCUGUUGGUGAAAUGGAAUGUAUGGGAAGCUGUGUAAAUGCACCUAUGAUUACCGUUGCAGAUUACUCUAGUGGAUCAGAAGGAUACUCGUAUAAUUAUUAUGAAGACGUCACUCCAAAACGAGUCGUGGAGAUAGUUGAGUUGCUGAGAAAGGGGGAAAAGUUGCCACCUGGAACGCAAAACGCAAAACGUAUCAUGAGUGGACCAGAAGGAGGCAAUACUACUCUGCUCACUGACCCAAAACCUCCUCCAUGCCGUGAUCUUGAUGCAUGCUAAGUAGUGGUAAAUGUCAGCUUCCAAUAAUGCAAAAGCUUUUCAGGUAUCGGAGCUUCAUCAUCAUGCUGCUCUUUGUUGUUCCCUUUUAAGGAUAACCAAUUGUUUGUACUUUCAUGAUUGCCACCUAGUACUUGGCAGAAUAUAUGAAGUUGUGACGCAAUUUCGUAGUGUUGCUAGAAGGCUUACCAGAACAGUCCGUCAUGGUUGGUUUCCAUAAAUCCUUGGCUCAUUUGGAUUGGGAUGAUGUGUUUUAUAUGAUGCUGGAUGUGGCACCUGCACCCAGAAUGUUCAUCUUAACUUCUUAAGCCAUGAAUAAAAUCGUGUGGUGGAUUGACAAGUAGUCAUUCCGAGGCAAGGGUUUUGCCACUCCAUUCCAUGUUGUGGUGUUAAGUUGUCUCUUGCUGUCAAGUAGUCUCUUGUCGUGAAAAAAACUAGACAUAUGUUGAAGUAAAUUAUAUUUUAUUAGAAUUCAAACAACAUUGUACAUUUUGAUGCCUUUCACGUGGUUUAUUUGUUUGAAAUUUUAAUUAGUUAUAUAAUAUUUUUAUGGU